AUGGCCACCUCAAGCUGGGACAAGUUCGUCCUGUUGCUCUGGAAGAACUGGAUUAUCCAGAAGCGGCACUAUGUCCAGACGGCAUUCGAAAUUUUGAUACCGGCCAUCGCCUGCGUAGUAUUGAUCGUAGUCCGCGGUCUCGUCGAUGCGGAUGUGUUCACUGAACCGACUCAAUGGAAUCCACUGGAAAUAAACACCCUGAGGCAUAUGUUUCCCGCAGCAAACCCAGACAUCAAACCACCGAUAACGUUUGCCCUAGCCUACAGCCCGAAAUCGCCGCUAACGGAUAGGAUAAUGGCAAAGGCCGUGGAGCAGAUUGUGGACCCGUUGGAGUUGGUUGGCUUCGAUACGGGUCAGCGAAUGGAAGAUUUCUUCCGCCUAAACAACUCAGUGGCGGGCGUAGAAUUCCCGGACAGCUAUCGGAGUGCUACCAACCUACCGGACAACAACAUAACCAUUUCGUUGCGAUUCCCGGGCGAAAUGCGGACACUGCAGGACGAUUUUACCGCUUUCUGGGCAAACUGGGCGACGGAGUUGAUGUUUCCGGCAUUCCAGAUCGCAGGAGCCCGCGAGCGAGAGCGUGAUGAUGGCGGCUAUCCGGCGAAUUACUAUAACGAGUCGUUCAUAGCGAUACAGAGUGCCAUCUCUAGGGCGAUCAUACUGGAGCGUGACCCGACGCUGGAACUACCCGAUAUCUAUCUGAACCGCUUCCCCUAUCCACCGUACUAUAGUGAUCCGCUACUGACGGGAUUCGAGAAUCUACUUCCACUGAUUGUGGUUAUUGCCUUCUUCUACACCGCUAUCAACACGGUGAAGUACAUCACCGUGGAGAAAGAGAAGCAGCUGAAGGAAGCGAUGAAGAUCAUGGGACUGCCAAGCUGGCUACAUUGGUCGGCCUGGUUCGUCAAGUGUCUGCUGCUGCUGAUUGUUUCGAUUUCGCUGAUCGUGGUGCUGCUGUGUGUGAACAUUACCACAAACACCGACCUGGCAAUCUUCGAAUACGCCGAGUGGACAGUCGUAUGGUUCUAUCUGUUCGUGUUUAGCAUCACGACGAUCUGCUUCUGCUUUAUGGUCAGCACAUUCUUCUCCAAAGCGAACAUUGCGGCCGGUAUCGCCGGCCUACUGUGGUUCAUACUGAUCGUCCCUUACAACAUUGCGUUCUCCAACUACGACGAUAUGGAAGCCGGAGCUAAGCUGGCCAUUUGUCUGUUUUCCAACUCGGCCAUGUCGUUCGGAUUUAUGCUGAUGAUGCGCCACGAGGGCACGGCCACUGGACUGCAGUGGUCGAACCUGUUUGACCCGGUCUCGGUCGAUGAUGAUUUCUCUGUCGGUGACACGAUGAUCAUGCUUUUGGUGGAUGCCCUGAUCUAUCUGCUGAUUGCACUGUACGUCGAGAAGGUAUUCCCUGGAGAUUUUGGUAUUGCGGAACCGUGGUACUUCCCCGUGAGAAAGCAGUUCUGGUGCAAGGAUUCCCAGCAAGCGCCCGAUACGAGCAUCAACGAAAUUUUUAAGUCACCGGAACCAAACAUAGAACGGGAACCGGACAGCAAGCAUGCCGGCAUUCAGAUACGCCAACUGCGCAAGGAAUUUACGAAGAAGAAGGUCGCCGUUCAAGGAUUGAAUCUGAACAUGUACGAAGAUCAAAUCACGGUAUUGCUGGGACAUAACGGUGCCGGCAAGACGACCACCAUGUCGAUGCUGACGGGCAUGUUCUCGCCAACCUCCGGAACGGCCCUGGUUAAUGGGUUCGAUAUACGAAACAACAUUGAUGCAGUGCGCGGAUCACUCGGCCUCUGUCCACAGCACAAUGUACUGUUUGCCGAGAUGACCGUCGCGGAACACAUUGAGUUUUUCGCCCGGUUGAAGGGUGUACCGAGAAACAAAAUCAAGGAAGAGAUCCGCCAUUACGUGCAGAUACUGGAGCUAGAGGAUAAGCUCAACAAACAAUCCCACACACUGUCGGGUGGCAUGAAACGAAAGCUCUCCGUUGGCAUUGCCUUGUGCGGUGGAUCUAAGGUUGUGCUCUGUGAUGAACCUACCUCCGGUAUGGAUCCAUCGGCUCGGCGAGCCCUCUGGGACUUACUAAUCAAAGAAAAGCAGGGUCGCACGAUUCUUCUGUCGACGCACUUCAUGGACGAGGCGGACAUCUUGGGUGACCGCAUUGCCAUCAUGGCCGAAGGAGAACUGAAAGCAUGUGGAUCCUCGUUCUUCCUAAAGAAGCGCUUUGGUGUGGGCUAUCGGUUGAUCUGCGUGAAGGGACCCAGUUGUGAUCGUGCACGAUUAACCGGUAUUUUGCGGCAACACAUUCCUAACAUUACAAUCGAUACGGACAUCGGUUCGGAGUUGUCGUACGUGUUGAACGAGAACUAUACUGGCGUGUUCCAGCAGCUGUUGCGUGAUCUGGAAGACAAUGUGGAACAGUGUGGCAUUACGAGCUACGGCAUCUCGCUGACCACGCUCGAGGAAGUGUUCCUUCGCGUAGGUAGCGACUCGUACGCGUUAGAUCAGAAAUCGUCCACGCCGGACUUGGAAGAGCUCGACAAUGGUCUGAAUCACUCGUCAACUGUUACGCUCAAUCAACAAACUAGCGACACCGCGGCGUUGCUUGGUGGUAGCAAUCUUGUUUGGAAUCAACUGGCAGCUAUGUUUUUGAAAAAGUACAUCUCCAGCAAACGCAGCUGGAUACAGAUGCUGGUGCAAGCCUUAAUCCCGAUCUACUUCGUAAUCGUUACCGUAGUGAUCGUGCGUACCUUCCCGGGUCAAACCGAUCUACCACCGAUACCGAUCAAUGUGUACAACUACAGUGCUACCAACACGAUCCUGCAGGAUUCGGGACCAUCCAGUCGCUUCGUGGAUGGUUAUAGAGCCUUGUUUGAGACGUUACCUGGUAGCCAUCAGCUACAAGUGAUCAAAAAGGAUAUUGUGGAAUACAUUUUGGAAGUGUCAACCGACAAUAUUGGGCUGGUGAAUCGACAAUACAUGGCCGCAGCAUCGAUCACGAACACUAACCACACGGUCUGGUGGAACCCGACCGGCUUCCAUACAGCUCCACUUGCUCUCGGCUUCAUGUACAACGCAAUCAUCAAGUCGAUCGACAAGGCGUACGAGAUCACUAUCAUCAACAAACCGUUGCCCUUCAAGGCAGAAACUCGAUUCACUCAGCUGCAAGCCGGUAACAACCUAGGAUUCCAGAUAUCUUUUAACACCGGCUUCGCCAUGUCUUUCAUUGCUGCCCUAUACAUCAUGUUCUAUAUCAAGGAGCGGACGAGUCGGGCCAAAUUGCUCCAGUUUGUGAGUGGUAUUAACGUUUUCACCUUCUGGGUGGUAUCACUGCUCUGGGACUUCCUGACGUACGUUAUAACGGCGCUGAUUUAUAUUGCAACGCUAGCCGCCUUCCAGGAGGACGGCUGGUCAUCCUUCGAGGAACUUGGUCGCGUGUUUCUGGUGCUAGUGGUAUUCGGCAUUGCAUUCCUACCCGUAACCUACCUGUUCUCGUUCUGGUUCGAGGUCCCGGCUACCGGUUUCGUCAAGAUGAUGAUCAUAAACAUUUUCAGCGGGACAAUCUUCUUUACGGCCGUCUUUUUGCUUAAGUUCGAUGGGUUCGACCUGAAGGAUGUUGCCAAUGGGCUCGAGUGGGCAUUCAUGAUAUUCCCACUGUUUUCGCUUAGCCAGAGUCUCAGCAACAUCAAUGUCCUUUCAACGACGGAAUCGGUGUGCCGUGAGCAGUGUACUGAGGAGACGGUGGCACUGUGCUCCCCGGAGUACAUUUGUUCGCUGUUGCCUGAGUGUUGCGAUACGAGCAUCUUCUCCUGGGAUACGGAUGGUAUCAAUCGGCAGCUGAUGUACAUGGGAAUGGUCGGUAUAGUGGCCUUCUUGGUGCUAAUGGGCGUCGAGUUCCGUGUAGUAGAGCGUAUAUUCAAGCGCUCCAGCAAGCGCACUUCCCAAGGAUUACCGGCUGCUAGUGAAGAUCCUGAGGUAGAUGACGACGUGUGGCAGGAGAAGAAACGUGUCAAGGCACUGUCGGAAGCGGAGCUAACUAGAACCAAUCUGGUCGCGAAUGAUCUGACGAAGUACUACGGGAAGUUCCUGGCCGUCAAUCAGCUGUGCGUUUCGGUUGAUAAUGCCGAGUGUUUCGGGUUGCUCGGUGUGAACGGUGCUGGAAAGACUUCAACCUUCAAGAUGCUUACCGGUGACGAGAACAUCUCGGCUGGUGAGGCCUGGGUGAACGGGCUCAGUCUGAAGAGUGACCUCAAUCAGGUGCACAAAGUGAUCGGCUACUGUCCCCAGUUUGAUGCACUACUAGAGGAUCUGACGGGUCGGGAAACACUACGGAUCUUUGCCCUACUGCGGGGCAUUCCAACUAACGAGAUUGGCUCGGAAUCGUUGCGGCUGGCGGAGGAGCUCAACUUUGUGAAGCACCUUGAUAAGCGCGUGAAGGAGUACAGUGGUGGCAACAAGCGUAAGUUGAGUACGGCAUUGGCACUUCUGGCCAACCCGGCCGUCGUGUAUCUGGACGAACCGACGACCGGUAUGGAUCCGGGAGCGAAACGACACCUUUGGAAUGUGAUUAUCAACGUGAAGAAGGCUGGCAAAUCGAUCGUUCUGACGUCGCACAGCAUGGAAGAGUGCGAAGCCCUUUGCACGCGCCUUGCCAUCAUGGUGAACGGAGAGUUUAAAUGUCUCGGAUCAACGCAGCACUUGAAGAACAAAUUCUCGAAGGGCUACUUCCUCACGAUCAAGCUGAACCGAACAGGUGAUGGUUCGCCGGCGAAUCCCGAACCUGUGAAGCAGUUCGUGGCGCGUAACUUUACCCAAGCCGUCCUCAAAGAGGAGUACCAUGACUCUAUGACGUACCACAUUACCCAGUCGGAGCUGAAGUGGUCCACCAUGUUCGGGCUGAUGGAGGAGGCCAAGCGGACACUAGACAUAGAGGAUUACGCGCUCGGUCAAACCUCACUGGAGCAAGUGUUCCUGUUCUUCACGAAAUACCAACGCGUCACCGACGAUAACUAGGAGUAGUGCGUCCGUAAGUUGCAAGUGAUA